UUGAAUUAUGUAGGCCUACUAAAAUAUGUUAUCAGAACUGUGUUGUUACGCAAUAGGCUACUUUUAUCGUGAAACGAUUUCAGAGGCAGAACCGGAAGUGUGACCGGGAAAGUAGCCAUCGUCAGAGCAACAUUGUUUCUAAGAUUGAUUCUCUAAGGUUCUGGCUUAUGUGUUUUGAGAAGAUCUGCAAAGCCUAGAAUUUAGAAUUAGGCUAUAUUGCCUACAGUUUGGUCUUUGUAAUGGGUGGAUAUGGCGUCAUGGCGAGCGAGGAAUCGUUGGAUUAUUCCGUGCACGAAGCAUGGAAUGAAGCGACUAAUGUUUACCUUCUUGUCAUUUUGGUCAGCUUCGGACUGUUGAUGUACGCUAGGAAAAACAAGAGGAAGAUCAUGCGCAUUUUUGCGCUGCCCCCCACCGUCGGGGCCACACCAGAACCGAACUUUUACGACAGUUUGCAGAAAGUCAGGCUGCGACAACAGCUGGAGAUGUACUCCUUGGCACGGAAAUAUGACCAAGCCCAACAGGCGCAGUCAGACAGUGUACAACUCUCAAUGGAGUAAAAGCCAGUGGCCAUGCAUCGCACCCCUCAUUGCUUCUUCAGCUCAUUUACUUCAUAGUGACUAUACAUCACCAACCUGUCACAGAAACAGUGGAAAGUUACUGUAGCCUACUUCAGUGCCAAGUGAAGGGAAUCAGUGGAUGCAGACCUGGGACUGUAAUAUAAUGCACACUUUUGGGACAUUUGCAGGAUUGGGUGAUAACCCUUUUGAAAACUAUAACUAGUAUAAAUAUAAUUGCAUCUGUUGUAACUUAUUCCAUAAAUAGAAAGUCAUGAUUGAUUUAGAUUGAUUGAUUUAGUCUUAGAUAGUGGGCUGGUGAUGUGGAAGUCAGUCAAGUAAUGUGAAUUUGCCUCCCUCUAGUGGUGAGGAGCACAAUUGCUGCACAAGAUAGUGUAACUGAACGUGUAUUUUUGCCUCCCCUGACUUCUUUAUAUGGGAGAAGGAUUGGACUCAUUUUGGAUAAAGCUAGUUUAACAUCUCAGCCCCAGUAAGAAGUGAUAUUAUGAGUGCAUCGUUGUGAUUUUUGAAAUAAUAAUAAUAACAAUAAAAAGCUAAGUCUGUCACAUGGAAAUGGUAUUGCUUGGGGUUUGAAUUGAUUUUGCCCCCCUUGAGCUAAGUAAAGAGUAAGAUGUUUUGUGGCAAGAUUUUGGCUCUGUCGGGAUUCACAAUAUAACUUUUCUACUGCCAGGCAAUUGAUUCAGUCAUGCAUUUUUCCUUUGUGAGCAAGACCAAAUAUUUUUUGCCAACCUCCAUAGGGAGGCUUUUCUCAGUGUGACCCAAGUGACAAGAAAUCAGUCUGACUUGUUCAAGGUGUGUGUAAUCCUGAAUCCUGUGUGUCUGUCUGUCUGUCUGUCUGUCUGUCUGUCAGUCAUUAGUGAGAAAGAUUGUCCUGAUCUGUUGUCAUUGAUGAUGACAACUGAAGAAAAUACGCCAGCAGCACCACACUGGAUUCAUACCUAUGGUUAAACAUAUAAGGCCCUAAUUUAAAAGGUGGUGCAAAGUAUGCCAAGAAGUAACGUUUCAUGCAAGAUACACACACACACACACACACGCACAUGCACAUGCACAUACACAUUUAUGUACUGUAUGUGUGUGUAUAUAAUCAUUUUGCAUGGAGCAUAGGAAUGGACGGACCACUUACACACUUUAACGGCUUAUAUGGUGUUAAAUCUUCAAAUGUAGUGCCUGGUUAUCAGAUUAACUUUAGUUAACUUUCCAUUUCCCCAUCAUUCAAGUUAGGGCCCAUAGCCUUACAGUCAUCUCAUGAAAGCCCGCACAGAGAUUGGAAGUUGGUGAUGAAAUCACUGAUGUCCUUGCCCCCAGGUUCAGACAGUCCUGAGGCUUUUCCUUUUGCGUGUGUGUGGGACUUUUCUUUAUAUUUUUCAGAAAGUUUUUUUUUACUCUUUAGAUGAUUGACAUGUUGAUAAUUAAAUGCCCAGAUGGUUUCUGUAAUAACUUUACUUAAAAUUAAACUUUUUUUGCUGAA